AUGCCUGCCAAUGUACCAUCGAAUUUAACAAGCUCCGAACCUAGUUCUCAAAUGGUUACAAUCAGUUCGAUGACUCCAUCUUCCUCAGACGCGUCGCCGGAAAAAUGGCAUGAUCUACAAUUCUCUUGGGCAGGAAAGAUUUUGAAAUUGCAAAUUGCCGAUUCAGACAGAGUUUUUGAUCUCAAGUCAUCUCUUUUUGAGUUGACCAAAGUUCCGUUCGAACGACAGAAGAUCCUUGGUUUAGUCAAGGGGAAAUUACCUCCAGAUCAGGUCCGGAUCUCCGAUCUCGGUUUGGUUCCAGGCAAGAAAUUUACCUUGGUUGGAACGCCUGAAGGCAACGAGAUCAAAGAUCCCUCGAAGCUAGAAUUUCUUCCGGACGUGUUGAAUGACUUGGAUGUCGAUUUGGUUGAAAAUUUGGCGGCAAGUACUGCAUAUCAACAAGAUAAAAGGAAUAUCCGCAAAGUCAGAGAGGCAACCGAGAAACUACAGGUCAACAUAAUUCACCCUCUACGUGAAGGAAAAAAAUUGCUGGUUUUGGACAUAGACUAUACCAUAUUGGAUACGAAACCCCUUACGUCUGGAAGUCUUCCGCCCGCUGAAUGUGCACGGCCCCGCUUGCACGAAUUCUUGGAAGCCAUAUACCCCCAUUACGACAUCUGCAUCUGGUCGCAGACUAGUUGGAUUUGGCUUGAAACCAAACUUGUGGAACUGGGAAUGGUAGGAUCGAACAGAAAUUACCAGAUCUCCUUCGUUCUGGACAAAACAUGUAUGUUUCCCGUCUUUACGGAACGAGAUGGAAAGCCCUGGUCACAUUCUGUGAAAGCUUUACAAAUAAUAUGGAACCAUUUUUCUCAGUUCAACGCUGCAAACACGAUUCACGUUGACGAUCUUAGUCGGAACUUUGCACUCAAUCCUGGUGAAGGCCUGAAAAUCCAUCCCUUCAAAAAUGCGCACACACAAGACGCUAUGGCCGACAGGGAGCUUGACAAGCUCAGCCAGUACAUGCUGCACAUUGUGAAUAUUGAAGAUUUCAGAACGCUGAAACACAAGGAGUGGAAGGCUGUCGUGAAAGUUUUGUCUCGUCUACACUAG